AUGGCCAUGAAGGAUCAAAAGCGUCAGAUCAUUAAGCUAUCCAUCAUGAUAGGACUUACAUUCAUAUUUUUUUUGUGCGAGUUGGUCGUGGGACACAUCACAAACUCACUGGCUCUCAUUGGCGACUCCUACCACAUGAUAUCCGACGUCUUGGCUCUUGUCAUCGGCUUGGCCUGUUUAGCGAUAUCAACUAGAUCUUCUAAGCAAAAUACAUUUGGUUGGGCACGGGCGGAGAUCCUUGGAGCACUCGUUAAUUCUGUGUUCUUGGCUGCAUUGUGCUUCACCAUUUUCAUAGAAGCCAUCCAGCGGCUCAUUACACCAAAUAACUUGGAGAACCCCAAGUUGCUGUUGAUUGUCGGAUCAGUUGGUCUCCUCAUCAACCUGUUGGGUCUCGCUAUCUUCUACAAUGAAACACACGGGCACUCUCAUGGAGGGAAUGCAAGGCAAGAAAGACCAAUCAAAGAAAAAGAAAAUUUCCUACAAAUGGAAACCUGUCCAAGCACAAGCGGGAACGUCACUGAGAACGUAAGAGAAAAUGGUAAAAUUGAAAGUUUCAACGUGUCGACUGCUGAAAAUCGAUCCGGUAACGCUUCAAGCAAAGCUAGCCAGAUGAACAUCAAAGGAGUAUUUCUACAUAUACUGGGAGACGCUCUGGGUUCACUGGUGGUCAUUACAAGUGCUCUUGUGGUUAUUUUUUGUGAAGGCGGGUGGGUGGCUUACGUGGACCCCGUGUUAAGCAUCUUCAUCGUCGUAAUUAUACUGUCGACGACAUAUUCAUUACUUAAGCAAUCAGCACUGAUUUUGAUACAACACGUUCCAGACCACAUACGAAUUGCAGAGUUGUCACAAAAACUAUGCUCAGAAAUAGAUGGCAUCUUGGGAAUUCAUGAACUGCACAUCUGGCAGCUGGUAGGCAACAGAAUAAUAGCCAGUGUACAUGUAAAAUGCAGGAAUGCAGAAGAAUACAAAUCAUUAUCUGUUAAAAUCAAAGACUUUUUUCACGAUGAAGGAAUUCAUUCAACAACGAUUCAACCAGAAUUUGUUGAAGUAUGUAACCAAUUUAGCACGAUAUUUAUAAGAUUAACGAUCAAAACGUAA